GCGGACCGCGAGCGGAGGCUGAGAGCGCCGCCGCCGGAGAAGACCGACCCUCGGCCAGAGCCAGCCUGCGGCGCCCGGGCCUGGCUGGCUGCUUCCCGCCUCAGCCGCUUCUCCGGCUCCCGCCGCCGCAGACACCGUCCAAGAGGGUGCGGCAGAACGCGAGGUCCUACGGCCCAGCCCGGUCCGGUGCGGCCCGGAUCCGUGGCACGGGAGGACCCUUCUGUGGACAUGAGUCGGUAAUGCCCACUGAGGACUUCUGGGAGCCAUGUCAGACGAAUCCGCCUCAGGGAGCGAUCCAGACCUGGACCCGGACGUGGAGCUGGAGGAUGAGGAAGAGGAGGAGGAGGAGGAGGAGGUGGCAGUGGAGGAGCAUGACAGGGAUGACGAGGAAGGCCUGCUGGAUGACACAUCCCUGGAAGGCAUGUGUGGCACUGAGCAUGCCCAGCUGGGGGAAGAUGGGCAGCGGCCGCCGCGGUGCACUUCAACUACCUCAUCUCAGUCUGAGCCUUCAGAGCAGCUUAGGCACCAAGGCAAGAUCCUAGCGUCCGAGGACCCCAAAAAGAAGCGAGCUCAGAAGCCCUCUCACAUGAGAAGAAACAUACGAAAGCUACUCCGGGAGGAUCAGUUGGAGCCCGUAACCAAAGCAGCACAGCAGGAAGAAUUGGAAAGAAGAAAGCGCCUGGAGCAGCAGAGGAAAGAAUAUGCAGCCCCCAUUCCUACUGUCCCUUUGGAGUUCCUACCUGAGGAAAUUGUCUUACGAGCUAGUGAUGGUCCCCAACUCCCUCCUCGGGUCUUAGCCCAGGAAGUCAUUUGUUUGGACAGUAGCAGUGGCAGUGAGGAUGAAAAAAGUAGUCGAGACGAGGUAAUUGAGCUGAGUUCUGGAGAGGAGGAUACGCUGCACAUCGUGGACAGCAGUGAGUCUGUCAGCGAGGAGGACGAGGAAGAGGAGAAGGGUGGCACCCAUGUGAACGACGCCUUAAACCAGCAUGAUGCUCUCGGGCGGGUCCUUGUCAACCUGAAUCACCCUCCAGAGGAGGAGAAUGUCUUCCUGGCCCCCCAGUUGGCACGGGCUGUGAAACCUCAUCAGAUUGGUGGGAUCCGGUUCCUAUAUGAUAACCUAGUGGAGUCCUUAGAAAGGUUUAAGACCAGUAGUGGCUUUGGCUGUAUCCUGGCCCAUAGCAUGGGUCUGGGGAAAACUCUGCAAGUAAUCUCCUUCAUUGAUGUCCUUUUCCGCCAUACGCCAGCCAAAACAGUCCUUGCCAUUGUGCCGGUGAACACUCUUCAGAAUUGGUUGGCAGAGUUCAACAUGUGGCUCCCGGCUCCUGAAGCCCUCCCAGCCGACAGCAAGCCUGAAGAAGUCCAGCCUCGGUUCUUUAAAGUUCAUAUCUUGAAUGAUGAACACAAGACGGUGGCAUCCCGUGCUAAAGUGACGGCUGAUUGGGUUUCAGAGGGUGGAGUGCUGCUGAUGGGGUAUGAGAUGUACAGACUACUCACGCUGAAGAAGUCCUUAGCCACAAGUAGGCCGAAGAAAACCAAGAAACGCUCUCAUCCCGUCAUCAUUGAUCUGGAUGAAGAAGACCGGCAGCAGGAGUUCCGGAGAGAGUUUGAGAAGGCCUUAUGCCGCCCUGGUCCUGAUGUGGUGAUCUGUGACGAGGGACACCGCAUCAAAAAUUGCCAAGCCAGCACCUCACAGGCUCUGAAGAACAUACGUUCUCGUCGGCGGGUAGUGCUGACUGGCUACCCUCUACAGAACAACCUCAUUGAGUACUGGUGCAUGGUGGACUUUGUGCGCCCAGAUUUCCUUGGUACUCGUCAGGAGUUUAGCAACAUGUUUGAACGCCCUAUCCUAAACGGACAGUGUAUUGACAGCACACCUCAGGAUGUCCGCCUCAUGCGCUACCGGAGCCAUGUUUUGCACAGCCUCCUGGAGGGCUUUGUGCAGAGGAGAGGCCACACUGUGUUGAAGAUUCACCUCCCUGCCAAAGAAGAGAAUGUGAUCCUGGUGCGGCUUUCUCAGAUCCAGCGAGAUUUGUACACACAAUUCAUGGACCGUUUCCGGGAUUGUGGUACCAGUGGCUGGUUAGGGCUGAAUCCUCUGAAGGCUUUCUGUGUAUGCUGCAAGAUCUGGAACCAUCCUGAUGUGCUGUAUGAAGCCCUUCAGAAGGAAAACCUAGCCAAUGAGCAAGACCUAGAUGUGGAAGAACUUGGCUCAGCGGGGACCAGUGCCCGCUGCCCACCACACGGCACAAAAGUCAAGGGAGAAGAUAGUGCCUUGCCUUCCUCAAUGGGAGAAGCAACCAACAGCAAGUUCCUACAGGGAGUUGGCUUUAACCCUUUCCAGGAACGGGGCAAUAACAUUGUUACAUAUGAGUGGGCCAAGGAGCUUCUGACUAAUUAUCAGACUGGCGUCCUGGAGAACUCUCCCAAGAUGGUACUGCUUUUCCACCUGAUUGAAGAAAGUGUGAAGCUCGGGGACAAGAUUCUUGUAUUUAGCCAGAGCCUUUCUACCUUGGCUCUCAUCGAGGAGUUCCUAGGGAAACGAGACAUGCCUUGUCUGCCUGGUGCCGAGGGGCAAGGAACACAGAAGUGGGUUCGAAAUGUCAGCUACUUCCGGCUAGAUGGUAGCACCCCUGCCUUUGAGAGGGAGCGGCUCAUUAAUCAGUUCAAUGAUCCCAGCAACCUCACCACCUGGCUGUUCCUUCUCUCUACAAGGGCCGGAUGCUUGGGUGUGAAUCUGAUUGGUGCCAAUCGAGUGGUGGUAUUCGAUGCUUCCUGGAACCCUUGCCAUGAUGCCCAGGCAGUAUGUCGGGUAUACCGUUAUGGCCAGAAAAAGCCCUGUCACAUCUAUCGACUUGUGGCUGAUUAUACUCUUGAAAAGAAGAUCUAUGACCGGCAGAUUUCCAAGCAGGGCAUGUCAGAUCGGGUAGUAGAUGAUCUAAAUCCAAUGCUGAACUUCACCCGGAAGGAAGUGGAAAACCUGCUGCACUUUGUUGAGAAGGAGCCAGCUCCCCAAACAUCUUUGGAUAUAAAGGGGAUCAAGGAGUCAGUCUUGCAACUUGCCUGCCUGAAGUACCCUCACCUCAUCACCAAGGAGCCUUUUGAGCACGAGUCAUUGCUCCUCAACCGAAAAGAUCACAAGCUGACCAAAGCUGAGAAGAAAGCAGCAAAGAAAAGCUAUGAGGAGGACAAACGCACAUCAGUACCCUAUACCCGUCCAUCAUAUGCGCAGUAUUACCCUGCCAGCGACCAGAGCCUGACCAGCAUCCCUGCCUUCAGUCAGAGGAACUGGCAGCCAACACUGAAGGGUGAUGAAAAGCCUGUGGCCAGCGUUCGUCCUGUACAGUCCACCCCCAUUCCCAUGAUGCCCCGGCAUGUCCCACUCAGUGGUGGUGUAAGCUCUGCCUCCAGCACAAAUACAUCCAUGAACUUCCCUAUCAACUACUUGCAGCGGGCAGGAGUCCUUGUGCAGAAAGUGGUUACCACGACAGAUAUUGUUAUCCCUGGACUCAACAGCUCCACAGAUGUUCAGGCAAGAAUCAAUGCUGGUGAGAGCAUCCACAUCAUCCGAGGGACGAAAGGGACAUACAUCCGCACCAGUGAUGGACGCAUCUUUGCUGUCCGGGCGACCGGCAAACCAAAGGCCCCUGAAGAUGGUCGGAUGGCUGCCUCAGGUUCCCAGGGGCCUUCUCUUGCGUCCACAAGCAAUGGCAGACAUAGUGCCUCAUCACCCAAAGCCCCUGAUCCCGAGGGGCUGGCCCGGCCGGUCUCUCCUGACAGCCCAGAAAUCAUCAGUGAACUCCAGCAGUAUGCAGAUGUGGCCGCUGCUCGGGAAUCCCGGCAGAACUCCCCAAGCAUCAGUGCUGCCCUGCCUGGCCCCCCGGGCCAACUUAUGGACAACAGCACCAUUCCUGGGACAGCUCUUGGAACUGAGCCAUGCCUUGGGGGUCAUUGCCUCAAUAGUUCCCUCUUGGUGACUGGCCAGCCCAGUGGUGGCAGGCACCCAGUGCUGGACUUAAGGGGCCAUAAGCGAAAGUUGGCUACUCCGUCUCUCACCCAGGAAUCAGUCCGUCGACGGUCUAGGAAGGGCCAUCUGCCAGCCCCUGUGCAGCCCUAUGAACAUGGGUAUCCAGUCUCUGGCGGGUUUGCAAUGCCGCCUGUCUCCUUAAAUCAUAACCUCACCACCCCCUUCACCUCCCAGGCUGGGGAGAAUUCCCUAUUUAUGGGCAGUAAUCCCUCCUACUACCAGCUGUCCAAUUUGUUGGCAGAUGCCCGCCUGGUGUUUCCAGUGACUACUGACCCUCUGGUGCCAGCAGGCCCUGUCAGUUCCUCUUCCACGGCUACCUCAGUCACUGCCAGCAACCCCUCCUUCAUGCUCAACCCCUCUGUGCCAGGGAUGCUACCCAGCUAUUCACUCCCAUUCUCACAGCCACUCCUGUCCGAGCCCAGGAUGUUUGCGCCUUUCCCUUCCCCCGGCUUGCCCAGCAACCUUUCGCGGGGCGUGUCUGUCUACCCAGGCUAUAUGUCCCCACAUGCAGGCUACCCAGCUGGUGGCCUCCUCCGGUCCCAGGUGCCUCCAUUUGACUCACACGAGGUUGCGGAGGUGGGGUUCAGCUCCAAUGAUGAUGAGGAUAAAGAUGAUGAUGUGAUAGAGGUCACUGGGAAGUAGCUAGGAAGCCCCUGCCACCUCACUUGGGGCCCCUAGGAGGUUGCCCACCAAACUGGAAGGCAAUGAACCUGGUCUUUCUGAAAAUAGGGUACCUGGCAGGAGGGCAAAGAAGACAAAGGAGAGUGGUCGGCCAUACCGGCAGGCUCUAUUGCUGUUCAUUAGAAGAAGAAAGACAAGACACCAGAAACUCCACAGAGCUGUAAUAGUGGGAAAUCAGGGACCGAAAACAGGGAUGGGGUGUGUGGCAGCCUGCCCUUCCUCCCCGUCUUUCUUCUGCUGCCUGCUUAGAUGCCCAUUUGAGUGUAGAAGCGCAUAUCCCAUUCUGCCUUUGGGAACAUCUCUCCCAAGAAAUCUGCCUGAGUUACUUAGUUUGGCCUGAGGGUGGAAGAAGACUGAGGGUGGGCAUGGGGAGCAGACUAGGAUUCCACAGGGAGGGGGAUCUCUUUUAGGAGGUGGGAAGGAAGUGAACCAGGCCGUGUGUGUGUGUGUGUGUGUGUGUGUGUGUGUGUGUGUGUGUGUGAGUGUGAGUGUGAGUGUGAGUGUGUACUCAUGCAUGAAAGAGAACAUGUAUGUAGCAGAACAAGGGUGAAAGUGGGAGGGCAGGGAGGGGAAAAACUAAGAGGUAAACUAAAAAGAAAUGAAUUGAUCUUUUUUGAAGUAUGAAUCAGAGUGUGGUGGUUUAUGGCUACUAAGUUCAACAUCACAGUGAGUCCAGGAGAAGAGCCACGAAAGCCAGUUCCCUUCUAGCUAGGUGAAGAGAAGGCUGGGCUAACUUGAGUCCCACAUUGGUUUUUUAACUUGGGGAAAAUCAUGAGAAAGUGAGUGUUUCCAAUCUCUUAUUCUCUCCACAGUGGCCAUCUCUGAGCAGAUGUCCUUUCCACAUGGGCACGAAGGGCACUGCAGUGUGAGGGUGAGGUGGUGUUGUGGCUGGAAAAGAUGUGCUUCACCAGGACAGGACUGAGCCCCUCCAGCUGCCUGUCUUGGUAGCCUUUCCUCUUCUUUCCCUCCCCAUUAGAAAGCUCCAUGUUAAUUUAUUUCUUAUGGACAAUUAUUUAUUAUUUUCAUUUGGGGGCAAGGGUGGUGGGUGGAGGUUAUAAAGAAGAUAGCAGAUAGUAAAGGAAGUUCUUAAAUAUUCCAGACCCCCAGCUGCUGGUCAAAAACAGAAAGAGAGAAAAGGGCCCAAGGCAGAUGGUGAAUUAAUUGACCAUAGAAAGAGAAUUAGAAUUAACCAAAAGUUCAAUUAAACAGCUAUGUUGUGGGGAGAUGGCCUCUCAGGAAAAUCAGGGUGCCCUGAGACUGGCUAGUUGGGGGUGGUGAGACUCAUUCCAUAGAAACUGAAACUUGGGAUCAUGGACUUUGCUACUGGGAAGUAAGUAACCUCCACAUUUGGAACUGUUGUCCUCUGAUGAUUUCACAGGCCAGUUCUCUGCUGAAAAGUGAAGCUGUGGGUAGGUAGCCUGGGUUGAGGUAAUAGACUAUUGAUUUUGAGUUGGGACUUGUCUUGGCCUCCCUAGCAUAUCAGGUGAUCAGUAUGGGCCUGGUUUCUGGUCCUCCACUUCUCUAAGUAUCACAGGGAAGCCCUUCCUCUGUAGGAGUCUUAUGUCUGGCUUUUUUUUUUUUUUUAAAGAGUACGAACACGAGUCAUUCUGGUCUCCCUUCCUUUGUUCUAAAUACCACGGCAGGGGUGUCUAGUGCUUAAACAUAAACACUGGCUGUUUUCUAUUACUGGUGUGUCCUGUGUCCUAUAGCCCUCUGUCUCCCGAGCUUUUCCAUGCAGACCUUUGAUUAAUAACUCCUGUCUGGCUUCACCUCCUUCCCUUGGCUCCAACCUGGUUGGGCAAUGGCUAGAUCUGCCUCCUAGUCCAAAAGUAUCUUAAGCACUGCCUGUGAGUCUUGACUAGCGAAUUCUCAUUGUUGGGGGAAAGGAGGGAGCUUAAAGGCAGACACUGGGAUUGUCCCAGAGACAAGGAGAGAGAUGGUUGAUGGGGUGUUUGUACUGUCCAGUAACACCAAAGUGGACUUGUGCUUUCUCUCUGUUUUCAUGUGCACCCUGUCAGACUUAACUCUUCUACUCAUAGAAGCCUUAGAUCUACAAUUUAGCUAUGCAAAUUAUUUGUAACAAUUAAAAAAUAGCAGUUUCAACCAGUGCUUUCUCAGUCAAAUGUAGUCCAAGAAUCGAUAGUCAAGGCAUUUAAUUGGCGUGGGCUCUGAGGUUGGGGCUGGUACAGUGGGAGCGAGCGAGUCCAGAUCUCUAUAACUUGUAGAACACAUUCAGAGCUUGGGUUACAUGGAUGCCCCUCAGACCUCGGAACACUGAGCUCCCAGAGUUGUCUCUGUUACAUGGACUCCUCUCAGACCUCGGAACACUGAGCUCCCAGAGUUGUCUCUGUUACAUGGACUCCUCUCAGACCUCGGAAUACUGAGCUCCCAGAGUUGUAUGUCUGUGUGUAUGCCCUGCUAGCCAGGAAGAGGGCUGUUUCUGUGUUCACAAAUAGUAAAUUAGUAGAAACAAUUUCAGUAGGGAACUGGAACUGGUUUUUAAGCAGCCAGGAAAUUCUGAGAGUAACACGUGACUGCUGUACACUCCAGCAGUCAUCCCAGGCUUGGAGCGUACUUCAUCUUUGCAACAGCCAUAACUCUAGACAGGCCUCCUGGCUAAAGGUUUGUCUGUGAUAAUAUGCAGCUUAUGUUGUAUAAGGGUGGGGGUGAGAUCAUGGGAGAUUGAAUUGCUUAUUAGCUCCAUGGGCUUUGGCAACUCCCCUCCCCCAACAACCCUAAAUAUCCUGCUUUUCAAAUGGACUUACGGGGAAGUGUGCAUGCACACCAAGCAUGAGCAUGUGCUGAGGGGAGCAGGAACCUCACAAUCUAUUGUGCUUAGAUUGGAAACCCGAGGUGGUAGUAGGUAUACCAACUAUGCUUGUAAUCCUAGCCCUCAAGAAACUGAAGCAGGAAGACCAUUUUGGGCUAUGUAUACAGUGAGACCAUGGGGAAAGGCAAAGGUCAGGCCCUGCAUAUUUUCUCUCUAUUUGUCUUUCAUGGAAUGUUUUAAGGGUCUCAAGAAGUCCAGUCACUCUGGUGUAUUCUAAAUUCCUAUUAUCUGUAACACUACUAAAUGAUGCAGGAUGACACUUAAGAUACUUGAUCCCCUUAGGUCUGCUGUGUCCCCUCUGGGAGGGAUGAAGUAGCUGUUCAAGAAAGUAAGUGAACCACAUUAGGUCAGAUCCUUCUUUUUUUUUUUUUUUUUGGUUUUUUUCGAGACAGGGUUUCUCUGUGUAGCCCUGGCUGUCCUGGCACUAAUGGCUUAUCUCUUUAGUCCUUCCCCUUGAGUAACGCUACUUAAGUAUCUGUAUUCCUGGCUUAAAGAUUUUGUCUGGAACUCUUCUAGGAAUUAAUGUGUGGAUCAUAUAUUUAUGACUUACAACUAAAAAUGAAGUUUCCUAGUCUGGGAGCAUGAAGCAAGGAGCUGGGGUAUGUUUUGCUGAUUAGUUGAAACAAGAUAGAGGUGGGACUGCCAGUCGCAGGCAGGCAGUAUCUUUAGGUGUGACAUCCAUGGCUCUGGAACUGAGUCCUUGUCUACAGGGGAAGGUUUUCUGGGGCGUUACAUUCCUUGUUCCUACACAGACCUUUUGUUUCCCGCUUCCCUUUGCUUUCCACAUGCCCAGGUCUGAACCAUGGUUUUCUGUGCACUCAGCUAGGUUGCUCUUUCCCAGUAUUACUGCUGGGAGAAGUCCCCCUCCCCCAGGAUGACUUUCUGGCUCCUCUGCUGACUAGUUCCCAGGAAAUCAGCACCUUAAACAGCCAAGUGCUGACCUGCCCACUGCUCACCUUCAGACUCCUUCCUUUCCACUGACUCUUCUGCCCCUGUGUAUCCAAAUUGGUGUAAUCCCUCAACGUCUGUUCUGUGCCACUAGCUUGGCUUUAAGCAGUUUAUGAAUACGUGAGUCCUAUGAUAAUGAACUAAUAUGAAGGCAGUGUCCACCCUCUUUGCUUUUCAGGGACCCAAGUCUGCGCCUUUCCCCUGCCAUGAGUCUGUUUGCUAUAGUCAUCUAGUGUGCUGGGGAGAGAGAGCCAGGCAGGCUGCAUAGUAAUCUACAAUGUAGAGGGCUGAGGGAGGUUUGGGCACUCUCUGCUACCACUACUAGGAUGAUAUUCAGACAAGAGAGGACCUCAUACUGUGACCUGAACCCAGGACCCUCCCUGGAAGAGAGCUCAGCCCAGCUGUGUUUGAGUGAAUGUAUGUAUGUGUUUGCAUGUGUGUGCUCAUGUGCACUGUGGUGUAAAAUGACUGUUAUCUGGUUGUGUAACUUAGGGCAGGCUGGGGACUCACCAGAAGUCUCCUUCAGGCCUGCCCAAAACAGGCUUUUUUCCUUGUACCCUCUUCAGAGGGAUCAGAGAGAGGGUCCAGGUGGGUUGAAGGGGUUGCAACAGAUAACCACUAAGGCCACACUGCUGCCAGAGGAGUUGGGGGGAAGGGGGAGGGAGAUGAGGUUGCCCCAAGGCUCUGGUACCUGGCUUUAGUUUUCUGUCUUCUUUCCUCAGGACGCCCCUGAGGCCCAGGACCUGUGCCUGGCUUAGAGGACCAUCUGUGGCUGGGUGGUCCAGCUGCUGGUGUGAUCAUGGGCUUCCCUCCUCUCUCAGCAGGGCAGACACGUCUGCUCCAGGGACUGGGCGACUGGCUGUUUCUAUGACGUAUUUAUUUUUACUUGUGUUUCAUGUCACUUUUUUAAAAAAAAAAGCAAACAGAACAAUUGUAAGUCAGUAUAACUGCCUAUCAGUUUUCUUUAUUUCUCUUUUUGUAAAAUAAAAUUUAAACUCAA